GCUGCCAUCACUGUGUACUAUUUGUUCUACAGGGUGGACUAUCCUCCUCCACAUAGAGCACAAGUGACACAGUGAGUUUUGGCGUCUCUGUGACGUCACCGUAUUGUUAAAAACCCAGAACGCGGAGCAGCAGCCCACAGACUACCUUCUAUUAAGUGUCAAACUUCUCCACCACGCAACUAACCGCGAUCAAUUUCAUCUUCUAAAGUGUCAACAAACCAGCGGGCCAGUGUUGAAAACCAGCUUCUGGAACUUAAAGAAACAGACACCAGACAAAAUCUGGAAAUUCGAGGCCUGGAGAGCAAAGUCAGUAGCCCCAAGAAACGCAUGCGCUUAAUUAAGGAAGAACUCUUCAAACAAGAGAACGAGAUGAACAAAGACGCUAACACCAGUCAGAAUCUGGAAAUCCAAGACCUGAAUUUUAAAGUCAGAAGCCUUGAGAAAAGCAUCUGUUUAAUGGAGAAAAAACUCUCCAAACUGGAGAACGAUUUGAACAAGGAGAAAAAGAGUUCCUCCACUCAGACUGAGAAUGAGCAGAAAGCUGAAAAUGAUGUCAAAUCUUCCAUCUCAGGAAAUCAAAUUCAGACAAACCUGAGAGCAAAGAGAGCUGCAUCAGACAUGCCACCACCCAGUGCUGCUAAAACGCCUCGAUUUGAUGCUGCACCUCACAAACACACAACACAAUCCCUCAUCACUAGUGCAUUGGAAACACUAGAGAUUUCCUGUUAUGAUGUUUUAUCACCAAACUCAAUUGAUGCACUACUUAAAGGAAACUGUGAACUUCCUGUUCUAACAUAUGAAGAAAAAUUUGUCAUUUCCAGGUUUUGUGUAAACGAGUUAUUAAUGGAGACAUUUCUGAAAGCGGUUUUGGAGAAGAUCAAGGUGGAGAAAGAGUCUAUGGGACAUGAACUCCUGCAGUCUCUCUGUAGGGUUUAUGUGGGAUUGUGUCAAAAGAGAGGAGACUCUCAUAAAGCACAUGCCCUCGCCUACAGAUUUCUUAAAGAAAACUUUUCUGAAGCCCCAAAACUGAUAAUGGUCAUGGUGACAGCAUGGCCAAGUGUUUUCUCCCAAAACAGCCCUUUAUGCAGAGCCAUUCACAUCGUGUGCAAAAUGAAGGCAUAUGGAAAGAUUUAUUACUUGCUCAGCAAAUAUCUGCAGUGGCAUAUGGAGCCUCCAGGAAACAUCUACAGAACCAUCACCAGCACACUGAAGGCUCUUCUGGAAGACACAAGUCUGACAUUCCAGAAGAGCAGUUGGUAUGGUGAUGAUCUCUGUCCUGCUGCCUGGGACUAUGUAUUCAGCCUGGACCUUCUCUGUGCACAACUGGGCUGGAUUUGGACCGUCUCCCAUGUUAUACGAAAGGAUGUUUGGCCCAACUUGAAAAUUUGGCUGUUGAGAACACAAACAGAGGAAAAACAGUUUAAAAACGUCUCUGUAGCAGCAAUUAUAAGGCUACUUGGGCGACUUGGCCAACAAGGUCUUAAGGAGAACAUGGCAGCAUCAGUCGAGGAUCUGGCAAAAAGCAUAACUGAGUUCGGGAGACAAAAACGUUCAAAAGAUUUGCCGUGGGAGGUGCAGCUCGCAGUGGUUUAUGCAACUCAUAAUCUAGCACCCAGCAACCCCAAAGUCGCUCUGAAGUCUUUGGAAUCAUGGAAGAAAGAACUCACAAAGCCCGUUCCCCCAGCCGUCACCAAGUGCCUAAAGCAUUUCAGCUUUCUUUGA